UAUGUUUCCGGGUCACACUCCUGCUUCAGCUUGAAUUGAAGUCGGUUCAGUUUCACUCUCAGCUCGGUUAGUUCUGUUCCCGGGGGCCCUGCUCGCCCGCUGGGUGCACGUUCUUGUCUAGUAGCGGGUUCCUGUUCUCCGUUUAACCUCACUUUUUUCCUGUAAGCUGUUCACCAUCACAAUGAGACUGGUAAUCCUUGAUGACUAUGAUUUGGCAAGUGAAUGGGCAGCAAAGUACAUUUGUAAUCGUAUUAUCCAAUUCAAACCAAGUCAGGGAAGAUAUUUUACGCUUGGCUUACCAACAGGGAGCACACCUUUAGGAUGCUACAAAAAACUGAUAGAAUAUCACAAGAAUGGAGACCUUUCUUUUAAAUAUGUAAAAACUUUCAAUAUGGAUGAAUAUGUAGGGCUUCCAAGAAAUCAUCCAGAGAGUUACCAUUCUUAUAUGUGGAAUAAUUUCUUUAAGCAUAUUGACAUAGAUCCUAAUAAUGCUCACAUCCUUGAUGGGAAUGCUCCAGACCUACAGGCAGAGUGUGAUGCAUUUGAAAAAAAAAUUGAAGAAGCUGGGGGGAUUGAUCUGUUUGUCGGAGGCAUUGGUCCAGAUGGCCACAUUGCUUUCAAUGAACCAGGAUCAAGUUUGGCUUCAAGAACAAGGUUAAAGACUUUAGCAAUGGAUACCAUUUUGGCAAAUGCUAAAUACUUUGAUGGAGACUUAUCUAAAGUGCCAACUAUGGCACUAACUGUUGGUGUCGGAACAGUGAUGGAUGCUAGAGAAGUUAUGAUUCUCAUAACAGGUGCCCAUAAAGCUUUUGCUUUGUACAAGGCAAUUGAAGAAGGGGUCAAUCAUAUGUGGACAGUUUCUGCUUUCCAGCAGCACCCCCGCACUAUCUUUGUAUGUGAUGAAGAUGCUACUUUAGAACUAAGAGUUAAAACUGUGAAAUACUUCAAAGGUUUAAUGCAUGUUCACAAUAAACUUGUGGACCCGCUGUACAGUAUGAAAGAAGAAAACUGAAGGAGGAAUUGAGGAACUCCAUGUGGGUAAACAGCAACAUUUUUAGGUAGCAGACAAAGUUACUGCUAUGCAAUAUGCUGAAACCGGUUACAAUGGGAAAUCUUAAGUACUGUAUUUUUUAAAAAAUCCAGUAUCUAUACAUUUACAUUCCAUCUCUAUAUAUUGUUGUAUUGUACAUUUUGUUUUAAUAUUUUGUAGAUGUGACUCAUUGGCUGCCACAGUAAGUAAACAAGAACAGAGCAAAUGUAAAUGGCAGUUACAUACUAUGAGAAAUAACAAACAGAAGUGUAUUCUUAGCACAGCACUGUACUGUUUGACUGUGUAUGAGAAAAUUAUACUUUAGCUUAAGCAAAAUUCCGUGGCUCCACCAGUGCAAAAUACACUUCUCAUUUUUUUUGUCUCCAUAUAGACAAAAUGCUUUGGGGCUUUCACAUGUCAAACAUUACGGACUUGAACAGAUGCACAACUUUGGUUAUGAAAUGCUCUGUUUAUAUCUAAUACACAUUGCACUUUGGCUGCCUUAAAUUAAUCUUAUGCCAAUAGCUUCUGGGCGUUUAAGUCCUACUGUACAAUACUCAGGCAAAUAAAAGUAUGAAAACUGCCUAAAAAUGUAGAGGACCCUUUCAAACAGUAACAAUAACUUAUUCUUCAAUUAUGUGCACAUUAUACUUCCGCCAUAGCACUUUUGUUACGUUUCAAGUUUAUUUAGGAAUUUUAUAUUUUGGUAAUUAGGAACUCUAUAGAUAAUGAAUACAUUCAAUGUGUUCCUUUUUGGAGAUGACUAGCCUAGUUACAUUAAUGACUGUGAGCCAAUAAUUGUAAAGGCAGGUUAAUUGCAGUAAGAAUGGCUAAAAAUCCAAAUGGCUAGUAUUGAAACAAGUCUGACUGUAAACAGAACUACUUUACAGUACAAUAAUUACUUUGCAUCGGAGAUUGCUAUAAACCAACUGUUACUAAGAGUGCCACUCUUUUCUACUGUUACUCCAAGUAAAGCUUAAAUUCACAAAAACCUUACCAUGUUUGUUUUGUUUUUGAUGUGAACUGUGGUUUUGAAAAUAAACAUUUCAGGUUUCAAAAACAGGUUUAGUGACAGGGUAGUAGUGUGCCUUUCUCUAGGUAUGGACAAAGCUAACUUAUUGUGCCAGACCAGCUCCUUUAUACCAGUAGUAAAUUCCCUUUUAAAAUAUCCACUGAAAGAGAUGGGCUGGAUCUGAUGGUAUGUUCCUCUUCAUCUAUUGUAAUAUUUAAAUAGAAGUCUUAGUUUUCAAACUAGUAAUUUUCUACAGUGGAAAAACUGAAAUCCAUUCCUUAGCCAUAAAUGUGGAUUUAUAGGUGACUAGGCUCUGAGCAGUAAGCUGCUUUUUUCUGCCUCUCCUUUAAAACACAUACUUUAAUAGCAAAAUUUUACUCAAGUAUCAAAAACACAAAUCAAGUCUACUAGCCUCUUGUUAACUAUAGUUAUAUAGAAAAUAAAUGCAAAAAUAACCUCUUUUGUUGGACUGGCUGAAGAAUCCUACUUCAACACUUCCAGAAAGACUUAAGUGUGAUCCACCCUACUACACUGCCCUGUGUG